CCCAGCUGGCCAUAUUGUGCAGCAGCUCCCCAGCAAAUCGGCUGCGUCACACCUAAGAAAACACACAGCGACGCCGGAGCAGUUCAUCCAUCCACCAGGAGAAACAGGCUGUGUUCAAAAGGCUUCUCGGUCGAGCUGGUUGGUGUUUUUUUUUGUGUGCAGAGAAAAUGGUUAAACUGGGGAAUAAUUUCAGCGAGAAAAAUAACGGGAAGGUGGUGUCUGAAGACGGGUUCGACACCAUCCCUCUCAUUACACCAUUAGAUGCCAGUCAGCUGCAGUUUCCUCCACCAGAUAAGGUGGUGGUGAAGACAAAGGCAGACUAUGAUGAGAGCAAGAAGGGAAAGCUACGAUCUCCUAAAAUUGCAGAAUUCUCAAUAAGCAUCAUUGAAGGCGUAUCUGAGCGACUCAAAGUGACCUUGCUGGUGAUCUGUGCCCUGGCCUUCCUGGUAUGUGUGGUGUUCCUGGUCGUCUACAAGGUCUACCAGUACGAGCAGCCUUGCCCCGACAGCUUUGUUUACACGCAAGGUCGCUGCAUGCCGGCUGGGAUGUAUGGCAACUACCCCCCUCAGGGCCCUGGGGGCCGCGGGCGCCUCUUUACUCUCAUCAACCACUACAACAUCGCCAAGCAGACCAUCACCCGGUCAGUAUCACCGUGGAUGACCAUCAUGUCUGAGGAAAAGGUCACCCAGCAAGAGACGGAGACUGCCCAGAAACUGGCUUAA